UUGUCACAGCAAUUGCGCCAUGCGGGUUUUGUUACAUAUCAGCUACUAUUCACCUUCACACUCUACACUUGACAGUUUUUUUUUUUUUUUUCAUAGAGUGUGGGGUGUGGGGUAGUGAAUAGUGGCUAACGAGAAGAAUUAUUCUCUCUCUAAAUACAUGGUUAGGGCCAUUAUUUUCUUUCUGAACAACGAAGAAAAACCUACUAUAUAUAGACAGCUCAUAUAUAUAUACUGAAGAGAUUGUGUAACAAUAAUGUUGUCAACUAAUUUAGUCUUAACCUAAAUAAAGCCCAAGUUAUGUUGGUUCCUGGCCUAGGCCUGCAGUUCAACUAUAUGCGAAAGUCAUAGUUUAUUAGGUCUGUACGUUGGCUGGAGAUCCAUAAUCAUCGUCUUCAACCACACAAGUGGUUUCUGAUAAAAAGGAAGGUAUAAUUUGACUACGUUUGAAUGGUUGUAGAUAAGCCAACCUAAUAUUAGGUUUUUGAAGUUCUUGUGGCGUUGAGCAAUAUCCUGAUCUAUUACUCUUCUACUUGUAUAUAAAUGUAACCCCCUAUCGAUCGUUGGGAAACUCGUAUCUCCGUCCUAACCAUUCAAGCUAAAAAGAAGCUAAGACUUUUACCAUAGAAAAUAAGAAAAAAAGAAAUCCAAACAUGGUUUCAAAAAAUACUGAUCAUCUCAUGGCCGGAGCAACAUGUCUCCUAAUAUUAAUCUUGCUUUCAGUCAUCAGAAUAGCCCAUGGUGCAGAUUUCAACAUAAAAAACUUUGGAGCAAAGGCUGAUGGCAAGUCAGAUGAUAGCAAGGCAAUCAGUACUGCUUGGAAGGCAGCAUGCGUGUCGAGAGAUCCUAGCACUGUUUUGAUACCAAACGGGAAAUACAUGGUUGGUUCAUUAACGUUACAAGGACCCUGCAAGGCACCAGUCAGUGUUCAGGUUCAAGGAAACCUUCUUGCUCCAAUAGACCUCAACAUUUUCAACUCUCCUAACGGCUGGAUCAGUUUCCAAAACAUCGACAGAUUGAUGGUCUCAGGAGCAGGAACUUUCGAUGGCCAAGGAUCACUUGCUUGGUCCCAAAAUAACUGUUCAAAAACUGGGACAUGCAAUUCAAUGCCCAUUAGUUUGGCAUUCACUUCGAUCACCAACUCGAAGAUUCAGGACAUAAGUUCGCUGAACAGCAAGUUGUUUCACAUGAACAUAUUAAGCUGCAAGAACGUGACCCUUCAACAUAUUAUAAUCAGAGCGCCUCAAGAAAGCCUAAACACAGACGGAAUUCAUAUUGGCUUGUCAUCCGAGAUCAAUAUUACUGGCGCAGACAUCAAAACAGGGGAUGACUGUGUCUCUCUUGGUGAUGGAAGCCAACACAUUAACAUUGAAAAGGUGACAUGUGGACCUGGACAUGGCAUUAGUGUUGGAAGCUUAGGAAAGUACCAUAACGAACAACCUGUUAGGGGAGUUACAGUGAGGAACUGUACCCUCACCAGCACAAUGUACGGUGUUAGGGUAAAAACAUGGCCAGAUUCUCCUAGCGGUGUUGCUUCACAUUUGCUUUUUGAGGAUAUUGUGAUGAACAAUGUCAGCACUCCUCUUCUUAUAGACCAAGAGUAUUGCCCUUAUUCUCAUUGCAAAGCAGAGGUUCCAUCACGUGUCAAGAUUAGCGAUGUCAGCUUCAAGAACAUUCGGGGAACAUCCGCAACUAAGCUGGCUGUGAAGCUUACAUGUAGCAGACGCAUUCCCUGCAAGAAUGUGCAGAUGAGCGACAUUAGCUUGCAAUACAAUGGAAAAGAUGGCCCUAUUACAUCCGAGUGCAAGAACGUGUUGAAGCCUUCAGCUUCUGGCAAAUUGAACCCUCCCGCUUGUGCUAAUUAUAAUUAAUUAACCAGCUUCCUUUUGAAUAUGCUUAAUUAAAUGCAAAAUCUCAAAUAUGCAUGCAGCAUGGAAUAAGUUCAUUCAUAGGUUUAGAAAACAGUUAGACGUACGAGUACGUUGCACCCCCGUCGUCAUGCUUGCAUGCGUGAUGAACUGAGUGGUGAACCAAUAUAAUUGUAAGCUAUACUAGCCAUAUAUAUAUAUAUAUAUAUAUAUAUAUAUAUA